AUGGCGUCCCGCGUCCUGCACCAGUGCGUCCGCUCUCUCGCCCGACCCUCGCUGCGGCUGCUCUCCGUCAACCUGACGGUGAGAGCCGCUCCGGUCCCCGCAGCAGCCGCCCUUCGACCUCUAUCCUUCGCCGCCGCCAGCCGGAGGACGCGGUGGCUCGCCCAGAGCUCAGUCUGGUCGGGUGCCCAGUGUCGACAGUACGGGGACCUGCCCCCCCUCACCCUAGAGACAAUCAAAGACCGUGUCAUGUAUGUCCUCAAGCUGUAUGACAAGAUUAACCCUGAGAAGUUGCAGACGUCAUCCCACUUCAUGAAAGAUUUGGGUCUCGACAGCCUGGACCAGGUGGAGAUCAUCAUGGCCAUGGAGGAUGAGUUUGGGUUUGAGAUUCCGGACGCAGAAGCUGAGAAGUUGAUGACUCCCUCGGAGAUUGUACAGUACAUAGCAGACAAGAAAGAUGUAUAUGAAUAA